AUGAACGUCCAGUCGGCCGUUUUGCCAGUAAUUGUUUUCGGACUGUUGUCGUGGUCUGUACGCAGCGCUCCACUUACAGGUCGGCAGAGCGACUCGGCCAUGCAACACUGGGAAACACUGUACUCCCGCUCAUUGGCUCGGAACCCAUGGGAAAAAAGAGACAUAAACCGGGACGGGGACUAUUUAAUGGGCAUAAAAAGACUUCGGCGACUGUACUGCAAUGUUGGCAUUGGCUUUCAUAUUCAAGUUUUACCAGAUGGAAAAAUUAACGGGGUCCACAACGAAAAUCGAUACAGUCUUCUUGAAAUAUCACCGGUAGAGAGAGGUGUUGUGACACUGUUUGGUGUUCAGAGUGGACUCUUUGUGGCGAUGAACAGCAAAGGGAAACUGUACGGCUCUGGCCAUUACAAUGACGAGUGCAAGUUCAGAGAGAAUCUACUGGCCAAUAACUACAAUGCGUAUGAAUCAGCAGCAUAUCCAGGGAUGUAUAUAGGACUAAGUAAAACUGGCAAAACAAAGCGAGGGAACCGUGUCACUCCUGCAAUGACGGUGACACACUUCUUACCACGAAUCUGA